CUCAAUCGAUAAAACACUACUGAAUAUUAUUAUUAUUAUUCUUGAAAAAAAAAUCAUUAGAACAACCAUAACCACAACAACGAAGCACAGUAACAACAACACCAACUAAGAAAUUACAAGAGCACAAAUUGAAAUGAACUAAAUAAUUAACGAUUAAAUAAAAUAUGUCUUCUUAUUGUUAUUUAUUUUAUUCAUUACUCACUAUAAUCAUUCAAUCAUUAUAAAGUAUUACAAUAUUCAUUUAUAUAAACAGAGAGAGAGAGAGAGAGAGAGAGACAGAAUUCAAGUGACUAAACAACAUUGUUACCAACUCAAAAUAAACAAAACUAAACUCAACUCUAUUAAGAGUGUAGUCAAUAUUUUAUCAUUCUCUCAUUAAAUUCUUCUCUUUAUCUACAUAACUAAUAAAAAGAGUAGUGGUCAAAUUAACUGGAAAUUGUUCUAAUUACGAGGAGGAAAUUACAAAAAAACAAGAGAAGAUGUAUCUCUUUAGUCCAAGAAAUAAUUCCCAAUUGUGAUUCCAUUAAUUUUUUUUUAUGUAUAAAAGCCAACUGCAUUUUUUGUGUGUCUUUCUAUUAGAAUAUUAUCAUCAUCAUUAUUAUUGUUGCUACAUUGAAACAGAUUUUAUUCAUAUAGAAGAUACAUAACAACAUAUAAAUAUACAUUUGCAUUUACCGGGUGUGAGGGGGGGGAAAUAAAACUAAAAAAAGAGAAACUAUUCAUUUUGCAAGUACUUACUUUCUUGUUUAUUUUUACUGAUCCAUCUAUUGAUCAAAUUAUACACAUAAAUGAUUUAGAAAAUAUGAAUAAAACGAAUUCAUUGAUGGCACAAAAUCAUUUACAAACAGAAUUCGAAUUACAAACACCAUGCAUUUCUAACUUUUUAGAUUAUGAUUUAUCUCCAAUUGAAUUACGUAAUCAUAAUUAUUUGUUAGAAGGGGGAGAACAAUGUCAAGAGAUAAAUAGACAAUCUCGACAACAACACCAGCACCAACAACAACAAUACCAGUCAAAUCAUACUAUACAUCAUCAUCAUCGUCAACAAGAACAACAACAACAACAACAAUACAAUGAUAUUCAUUAUUUCAAUUCUCAUCUAUCUAAUAAUCAACAGAAUCAACAUUUACAUGGAAAUGGUUGUAUAAAUUCAACAACCAAUACGAAUAUUAAUGAUGUAACCAUGUCAAUAAUGAAAAAAAUUGGUACUGAUAAUUAUUUUUCAUCUGAAUUACAAACACCAAUCAAUUCAAUGUCUUCAUCUUAUAUAAAAUCAAAUUUGAAUUUAACUAAACAACAAACAUUUCAUGAUAUUAAAGAAUUAUUAUUUGAUAUUUAUCAUAAUGAAAAUGAUUUAUCUUCUAUGAAUAAAAUGAAAGAUAAUUCUAUUUCAACUAUAUCAAAAUAUUCAAAAUCUUCUUCAUUUUUAUCAUCAAUAUUUAAUAAUAAUAAUAAUAAUUAUAAUAAUAUAAUAGAUUCAAAUCAAUCUAUUUCAUAUAAUCAUUAUAAUGAUAUACAUCGAAUGAAUUCAAUUUUACAAUCUAAUUAUCCAUAUGAAAAUACUCAUUCUAAAUGUUCUACAAUACAAAUCAAUGAUCAAAUCAAUGAUAAUAAUAAUAAUAAUAAUGUAAACAAAAUACAAGAAAGUAAACAAAUCAAUUCAAAGUUAUCAAAAGGAAAGUUGGAAUUAAAAUUUUUACUUAAUCAAGAUAAUACCAAUCAAGAUAUUUCAAAAUAUGGUAAAGUAGCUAAAACAAUCAUCACUAAAACUGGUAUACAAAAAUUAUUUGUUAUUCGUGGACGUGUCAUUGAUACACGAAUACAAUUUCAUUAUUAUACAUUUAAAAAUAAUAUAUCAACAACAAUAAUUAAUUACCAUGGUGAUAAUGAUAAUCAUUAUAAUGAAGAAGAUAUUGAUUUAAUGAAAAAUCAUAAAUUUAAAUUAAGAUUUAAACCAUUUACAAUAUUUGGUGGAAUAUGUACACCGGCUAUUGGUUAUAAUGAUCCAAUACAAAUUCCAAAUAUAUUAUCAAAACAAGAACAAUUAUGUUUUAUACAAGCUGUACAAAAUGAUAAUAAUGUUACAUAUAAAUUAAUGAAUGAUGGUUAUUUAGUAAUGGAUAUAGAUUUUAAUAAUUUCUGUGAUAUUUAUCAUUUAGUAUUUCCUUUUCUCAAUUCUAAAUGUCCAAGUACAUGGAAAAAAGAUGUACAUAUUACAGUGACAUUAAUUGAUGAAAAUGAUAAAGAAUUAAGUAGCACUGAAUUUGAAGUUGUCAGUUGUGCCAGUCCUAUACGUGAUGCGCGUCGUUAUCAACAACGUCAACGUAUUGCAGAACUGGAAUUCGCAGAAAAGAAUUUGCACAAAACUACUGUUAGUUCUGAUAGUUCAUUUGAAUGGGAUCAUCAGACAAGUCAAUCGGUUUCACAGUCCACAUCAAAACUCAGCAUUUCUGAUAUCAGCCCCAAUUCAUCUGGUUUUGGUAGUCUUUAUUCUCCACUACCAUCGAUCACAUCUGAAGAAGAUCAUUUUAACGAAUUACAACUUUACUUGGCAUCCACUCCAUCGCAACAUAUAUCUCCAUCUGUAACUACAGAUUCCAUUGCCAUUGGCACUACUAAUAAUAAUAAUAGUAGUACAAGUGAUGUGGAUAAUCAAAAGUCCGAUAUUUUAUCACCAUCGACGUCGAAUGAUGAAUUAAUUGACUUGUCUAGUUGGGAUCGGUUAGAGAAAUUGAAACAAAAACGUCUGAUCAAUAAUUUGACCAAUUCACAUACCACUGGACGUAAUCCACGAAACCAGUUCAAACACUCGACUGAACAAAUGAGCUCUAAGAUAAUGAGUUCAAAAUAUGCAAUGAAACGACAAGCGAAAGAAAUCGAUAAUGGGUCAUGUGAUGGACAGGAGUAUGUGAUUAAAACAAAAAGUCGACGCAUUUAUCGAAUUCUCAGUCUUCUCAACCGAGAAUUAUCAAGACAUUUAUAACAAAUCGCGCGCAUGAGCACUCAACAGAGCGAGAGAUAGGCACAAAACAUAAAAUGAGGGCAUUUGAAGCAGAAAAUAAAACAUGCCAAAAUUCCACUAUAUUCAUUUUAUAUUUUGUAAUACUGUUUGUGUAUGUGUAUGUGUUUGUACAUACACAUAUGCACGCAUAUGUGUUUAUCUAUUUACUUUCUUUUAUCUCUCGUCUACAUUUUGCUUUCUUUCUACUAUUCUUAUUUAUUUAAAACACCGUAAGUAGUAGUUAAUGUAAGUUUCAUCAUUGUUUUUGUUUGUUUGCUUUUUUUCUACCGAGAAAAACAGUUAUUACCAUUGAAUGCAUUUGCCUGUUCAUAGAGAUAUUGUAUACAACCCAAUAUAUUUAUAGGAAACUAUUGUAACUAUGGCGAAAAAAGAAACAACAACUGGAAAGAAUUAGUACAUUUAAAAAUGAACUCGAUUUGUUGAAGAGGUGAGGGUGAGAGUGGAGGGGGGUGAAGAUGGAGAUGGGAAGUUUUUUUGUUUUUCAGAUUAACAGUCUUUCUUAAUUGUCAAUGCUUUUAAUAAAUAAAUAAUAAAAAAUCAAUUUUUUAGCUCUUCUCCCCCCCUCUCUGUCUUUUGUUCUCUCGCUUAUUUUGAUAAAUUUCUUUUUUAAUAUGUAUGUAGAAAUAUCUAAUUUCAUCUGUUUGAUUUUAUUCAAUUGUAUUCUAUAACAUUAAGAUGAAUAAAUAAUAUUAGAGAAUGAUUAUAAGUUAGUAACUAAACAUAAUGGUUAGAUAGAUUACAUAACUAAGGUACUAUGAUAUAUUUUAUUUCAUUGAAGUCAUUUUCUAUUCCAUAUAGAGAUAAUACUUUCUUUCUUUCCUUCUUUCUUUCUUUCAUUCCAUGUUCACAUUUGCUCAUCUUAUGCAAAUCCUAGAUAUUAAUGGAUAAAACAAACAAAUAAACAAACAAACAAUAUUUUGUUUGCAUUUAAGAUAUUAACAAUAAAGCUAUUCUAACACUGUUUUGCUUUUCUUCUCAACUCUAUAUACAUAUACAUAUGCAUAUAGUUGAGUGCUUUCUUACACUUUUAUUAUCAUCCAUAUUGCUUUUAUAUUGAAUUCAUAUCUCUUGAUUGGUGGUUUUUUUCAUACUUAAAGAAGGUUUGUGUUUACUUGUAUUGAAUGAUCUUUUGUUUUGUUUUUUUUAAAAGAAAAAUAGUAACAACCUCUUAUUGCUCAAAUAUUUUUGUCUACGUUUGACAUUUUUGUUGUUUUGUUUUGUAACCUUAUCGCAUUUCUUACAUAAUGAAUAAAGAAAAAGACAAAAAAAAACAUGAUCUAGGUCAUAGGGAAUAAGAAACUGUAAAACCCCUCUGUUUAUACAUGUUACUAACUAACAGUAAAUGAGAAUCAUUUACAUAAUCGUGUUUGUUUGUGUGAGUGAGUGUAUAUGUGCGUGUGUGUGUGCAUGUGUGUGUAUUUAUAUGGAUUUUUUUAUAUAAAAAAGUUAGUAACUAGGCACAAAAUGAUCAUGAAUCCCUUUUUUUUAAUACUCGUUAUCUUCACCUUUUUUUUAUAAAAUAAAAACAAUAUUGUUUUAUUCAUUAUAAGCAUUUUAAAUGCAUUUCACACUUAUUUCUUAGUUCAUUUGUAUAUUUGUAUUCAAGUCUCUAUAUUCUUCUAUUUAGCUCUGAUAAACAUUUAUGUGUAUAGGCAUUUGGACUACAGUUUUUGUUGUGUUUAUUUUAUAUUAAUUUUUUUUUGGUAUCCUUAUCAAAACAAAUUGUUUUCUCAUUUGUUGUUGUUCUUGUUUUCUUUCUUGUUCUGUUCUCUAUUGUUAUUCGUUAAUAAACGUGUGCAUAGUAA